AUGCCAAUCCAAACUCCCAAUCCUGAGUCCUCUACCACACGGCCAGAAUCAAGCCAGACCAUGCCAGACCAAGAGGGUGUAAGCUUGGUUGAUGGAACUCCGGAAUGCGAGCAAGACAUCGUAAGCGACGGUAAUCUUGUACUAAUCGUCGGAGCGGGUGAAAAACGGCUUCGGAUCACAGUUCAGGCUGUCCGCGUGUGUUCGCGUGUUCUUGCAGGCAUACUUGAUCAACACAAUAUCACUGGCGCUGACAAUACGGGUCGGGUUUAUGAGCUUAGGCUUCCCAACGACCAUGCUACCGCGGCUCGAAACGCAUUUGGCAGCAUCUAUCCUGGCAAUCCCCAUACGGACGAUCUGCGACCAGCAGAGAUCUACGAUGUGGUCAUGUUUGCCAGGAAGUAUGAGAUGAUUCCUGAAUUCAAGAAGGUUGCUCCAAACUGGUUCCGCCCAAGAUAUUGCAGCGGCCGCUUUCAUCCUGUGCAUAUGUUCUUUGGUCAGGAAGACUGUUGGCACCUAAUGAUUGCAGCGUACUACAUGUUUCUCGAUGAUCCCGAUGAGCUCCCAGAUCUCCGUUUUGCAUUCUCCAAACUGAGCGAACGACUGGUGAGGGACGAGAACCCAUAUUAUAAUGCCCGCUUACGAGAACCGGUGCCAGAUGGUCACGGUAUUGAAGUCGAUAUCUACUGUAAGACAUUUUUCCUCCCUCAAAAUACAUAA